CUACAGCAGGCCAUGGAGUAUGAUGAGGAGGUUAUUUUUUCCUGAUUAUAAUUACACAAAAAAACCAACUUUACACUCACAACUCAGCUGUACAACUAAGUGAGCAAACAACAGAAGAGAGCUGUAGAGUAGAGUGCAGUGUCUUACUUGUAAUCAAUGGGUGACCAGGAUCUGUUCAGGGGAAAGAAACAAGUAUGGAAAAUUGAUGGAAACUGGCAUCUGGACAAGCAGUUCAUUCGUGUGUGUAAAUGUGAGUCCACAGGCACCGUCCUGGACCCUUACCACUGUACUCGGUGUACAGACACCUUUGCUUCCUACCUGGAUUACCUGUCUCACACCUGUACACCUCAGAGACUGUACCAGUGCUGCUCCUGUAGACACCUGUAUGGGACUGAGGAGGAGUUUGACUCUCAUGACUGUAGACCGUGUCGAUAUCCAUCUGACAGUGUAGACGAUUACGCAUACUCAGACACUUCCAUUGGGGGAGAAAUUGACUUGCCUUUAGAAACAAUGAAGCACACAAACUCCCCAGGCAUUUUCAGUGCCUCAGCCCAAGAAAAUAGUGAUGGACUUCUACAAAAAAUAAAGAAAGAGGAGAUUGAUAGUGAUGCAGACAGCUCACAGACUGAAGAAAUGGAAGGAGAUACAGAUAAUGGUAACAUGACUGACCUCCAUGAUAAUGAGGGGGGUCUACAUGCAAUGGGUCUAGAGAGUGCUUCACAUUCUCAAGAUCAUCAGGCGACAAGUGCUUCAAACGGUGACAUCGCUACUGAAUCUCAAGAACAAGCCCUGCAGGAAGCAGGGGUUCUUCAAGAUAAGAAUAAAAGAAGACAAGAGUUUUCACCGGCAAUGUAG